AUGUCCGCCUCAGUGGGCCCCCAGGGCGGCCCUCGCCCACCCACCGCGCCCGCCACCGCGACGUCCAUGCCGGAUAAUGUGCCGGACCUCAGCCACCUCACGGAAGAGGAGAGGAAGAUUAUCAUGGCUGUGAUGGUACGGCAACGGGAGGAAGAGGAGAAGGAACAAGCCAUGUUAAAGACGCUGCACCAGCAGUUCGAGAGCUACAAGGAGCAGGUGCGCCGCAUCGGGGCCGACACGCAGCGCCGUCGCCGCGAGCAGCAGCAGCAGGACGAUGCCCCCACCUGUGGCAUAUGUCGGAAGACCAAGUUUGCCGACGGCUGCGGGCACGUGUGCUCAUACUGCCGCACGAAGUUUUGCGCGCGAUGCGGCGGACGGGUGUCGCUGCGUUCCAACAACGAGGAUAAAGUGUGUCUCAUAGGGAAGGACAGGGUAAUGUGGGUAUGUAACCUCUGCCGCAAGGAGCAGGAGAUCCUUAUCAAGUCUGGAGAAUGGUUUUCGGGGCCGGAGGGGCGACUGGCGGGAACCACCAGCCCAGGAGGCGUGGUGCUGCGGGGUCAGUCCACUGACGGGGGUACGGCGCCACUGUCUAGGGAGAAACGGCUCCUUCGUACGCGCUCACAGGCACCGCCCUCCACUGACACCUAUCAACAAGCGACGCCAGGGGCGGUCGUGCUACGGGGAGGAGGAGGAGGAGGAGGACCGGACACAAUGCCCGCCUCGCGGGCCAGAAGCGAACCGCCACGGGAAAAGAGGCGACCGGUGUCCCUGCACGAACAACAGAAUGGAAAGGUGCCGAUAGGCCGAGGUGGCGAGCGAAGACGCAUCCCAGGGAAGCAAUCCUCAGAAGAACGCCCGCCGGGUGACAGGCGUCGCCUGGAGAAGGGCCGGAGUCAGGAAGAAGAGGAGGGGGGCGCAGACAACAGACAGCCCAACAGGUCUGCCACGUCCUCGUCCGACCCCCGAAGACGCUCGGCCGGGGCCACCCAGGAAGAGGAAGCGGAACGCCAACGGCAGCAGGAGGAGGAAUUCCAGACGCGUUACCGUAGCGACCCCAACCUGGCGCGCUACCCGGUCAAGCCGCAGAAGGAGGAGCAGGAGAUGCGCAUGCACGCCAAGGUGUCCAAGGUGCGUCACGAGCGCCACCACAGCGACAUGGCCCUGAACCAGGUGGGACUGAAGGGGCAGGCCCACCAGGGCCCCCGGCAUGGAGGAGGCGGAGGCGGAGGUGUUGGGGCUCCGACUGCCAUAGAUGAGCGCAAAGCACUAAUGGACAACCACCGGGCAUACUCGGUGGACAGGACCGCGGGGGGAGGUGGAGGUGGAGGCUCCCUGCACAAGCCGACUCCGCUGUCCCUACCGCAGUCGCGCACGGGCCCUCUGGCCCAGGACCUCAGGGACUCACAGGAGUGGGGGCCCAAAGGCGGCUCGCUCGGUGGCGGUGGCGGUGGCGGCGGAACGCACCUGGAGCCGAACGCACACACCCACCACGCGCACAUACACACCCACGGACACCCACCGCACACACAACAACAACAGCAGCCACCGCAGCAGCAACACAAUAAGGGCCGCUGGGACAAGCAACAGCAGGGCCCGGGAGGAGGCGGCGGAACAGGAGGAGGGGAGGGGCUUCUGAGGAUCGACUCGCUCAGCUCGGACCAAUCGGAGAGCCUGCGGCCACCCCCUCCGCGCCCAUAUAAGGUCAGGCGGGGCGGCGGCAACAAGCGGCAGAUGUCGAUCAGCAGCUCGGAGGAGGAGGGCGGCUCCACGCCCGAGUACACCAGCUGCGAGGAUGUGGAGAUGGAGAGCGUCGGAGAAAGAGCUGAAUGGGAGUGCUACCCCAUGGACCCAGCUGUAUGGCAUCAUCCGGUUACAUGGCAGCCGUCCAAAGAGGGGGAUCAUUUAAUCGGCCGCAUCACCCUGAGCAAGCGCUCGGCCAUGCCCAGGGAGGCAGGCUCCCUGCUGGGGCUCAAGGUGGUUGGUGGGAAGAUGACAGAGUCUGGGAUGCUUGGGGCCUUCAUCACCAAAGUCAAGAAGGGAAGCCUGGCUGACAUCGUAGGACACUUACGAGCAGGCGAUGAGGUGCUGCAAUGGAAUGGAAAGGCGUUGCCGGGAGCAACCAAAAAGGAAGUGUACAACAUUAUCUUAGAAUCUAAAAAUGCACCACAAGUGGAGAUUGUAGUUUCAAGGCCCAUUGGGGACACACCCAGAAUACCUGAAUCCACACACCCUCCUUUAGAAUCAACGGGUUCCAGCUCCUUCGAGUCCCAGAAGAUGGAGAGGCCCAGUAUCUCUGUCAUGUCCCCUACCAGCCCGGGCAUGCGAAGGGAGCUGCCCAUCAUCCUGCCCGGCCAACUCUCAGUGAAACUGUGGUACGAUAAGGUCGGCCACCAGCUGAUAGUCAACGUCCUACAAGCCAUAGACCUGCCCCCUCGGCCUGACGGCCGGCCCAGGAACCCUUACGUCAAGAUGUACUUCCUUCCCGACCGCAGCGACAAGAGCAAGCGGCGGACGAAGACGGUGAAGAAGAGCCUGGAGCCCAAGUGGAACCAGACCUUCCUCUACCCCCACGUGCACCGCCGGGACUUCCGGGAGCGCAUGCUGGAGAUCACUGUCUGGGACCAGCCCCGCGUGCAGGAGGAGGAGAGCGACUUCCUCGGAGAGAUCCUGAUUGAGCUGGAGACUGCCAUGCUGGACGACCAGCCGCACUGGUACAAGCUGCAGAGCCACGACAUGUCCUCCAUCCCCUUGCCCCAGCCCUCGCCAUACCUGCCCCGCAGACACACGCACGGGGAGAAGAAGCUGCAGAGAUCGCAGCGCAUCAUUGAAACAGAUUAUGAUGAUGGUAUUACGGUAGUGUCUACAGCCGCGGAGCGUAACUCCAGAGACAGGGACAGGUCGUCGGGGGGCACCCUCUCGGUACCGGAGCAACAGAGGAUGAUCCAGCAUCGCUCACGCUCUGUCUCCCCGCACAGAGAGGACCAGUGCAGAGCACGCUCUCGCCCCACACACGUGCCCAUGCAGAGGAGUCUGGAUGAGAUCCCGAGUCGCCAGCAGCACUCCUACUCCCCUGACUCCCACUACCACGAGCCCCAGCAGGAGUUCCGCUCGGGAGACUCCGACUACGAGUACUCGGAGGACAGUGAGAUCCUGGAGAUGCACAGGUCAAUCCGGGGCGGCAGUGCCGAAUGCCUUCAUACCAACAGGAACUUAGCUAGACACUGUCACACACUGCCACCAAAGAUGCCCCUGUUAGUCAAUGGCAUUCAUAAGGACUUGUACAGUGAUCUGCAGCCGUCUCUGGACCGGGUCAGAAGUGCCAGUACGACGUGUCUGAGGCCAGAUACCGGAUUCCAUUCACCAGAGCGGGAAAGACAUUGUGGGAGUCUAGACAGGCCUGGCUGUCAGAAGGCAAAUAGGAAAUUCAUUGAGAAUGACAGGAUCCAGCCCACCUCCAUCCUGAGGGGGAGCCGUGGCAAGGCCCCUCCACUGCGCCCCUUUGGCCAGCCCGCAGGGGGCUCCUGCCCAAACUCCCCACGCCUGGACAGGUGUCUAUCCAGAGCACAUGGGGGCCACUCUCCUACAUCAGGGGCCCCCAGGGGCCGGGGCCGCCAACUCCCGCAACUCCCGGCCAAAAGCAGCAGCAUAGAACAAGCUCUGGCGGUGGAGGAGAGGGCGAGGCAGCUGCAGAUGAAGGUUCGCACCAUUAAGCCACCCAGCUCAGGACCCCAGCAGGAGACGGAGCUGAAAGCUAAGAGAGAGAUGUACAAGCAGCAGCGUCGCAGCAGUGACAACGUGUCGGGCCGCUCCUCGGACAGCGAGCUGAGCGACGCCUCGGCCCUGUCCCACGCCAGCAGUGCCUCCCGCCUCAGCACCGCCUCCUACAUGUCCGUACGCUCCGAGGACCCGCGCGGAGGACGCAUCAGCAGGCAGGUGCGUGGAUCGGGCGGGGCGAGCAUGAUGAAGAGUACGAGCGUGAGCGGGGAGAUCUACACGCCGGAGCGCACGGACGGUAGCCAGUCGGACACGGCCCUGGGCACGGUGGGGGGCUCGGGGAAGAAGCGGCGCUCCAGCAUCAGCGCCCGCGUGGUGUCCAUCGUGGGCAGCCGACGCAGCCGGAGCACCUCGCAGAUCAGCGGGGCGGAUAAGAAGAAGGAGAAGACGGGCCCAAUCCAGCGCAGCCAGGAGACGGGCAUGGCCGUGGAGAUGCAGCGCAACAUGAGCCGGCAGCCCAGUCGAGAGUCCACCAACGGCAGCAUGCAGAGCUGCAACUCCGAGGGAAACUUGAUGUUCUCCAGCGUGCAGUUCAGUGACUUCCUGGAUGGUCUGGGUCCCUCGCAGCUGGUUGGUCGGCAAACUUUGGCCACGCCCGCAAUAGGGGACAUCCAGAUCGGCAUGACGGAUAAGAAGGGUCAGCUGGAGGUGGAGGUCAUCCGAGCCCGGGGACUCAUCCAGAAACCGGGCUCCAAAUCCCUGCCUGCUCCUUAUGUCAAAGUUUAUCUGUUGGACAACGGAGCCUACGUAGCCAAAAAGAAAACAAAGAUCGCACGCAAGACGCUCGACCCACUUUACCAGCAAGCGCUCCUCUUCGAGGAGAGUCCUAAGGGUAAAGUAUUGCAAGUCAUAGUCUGGGGAGACUAUGGGCGAAUGGACCACAAGUCCUUCAUGGGCGUUGCACAAAUCCUAUUGGAGGAUCUGGACCUCUCCAGCACCGUGAUUGGCUGGUACAAGUUGUUCCCGCCCAACUCCCUGGUGGACCCCACAUUGGCCACCCUGACUCGACAGGCAUCUCAGACCUCCAUGGACGGCUCCUCUAAGCUCUCGUAGUAUAAGAUGAGAAUAGACCAGAGGUGGACACAAACUGGACUGAGGAAGCCCCAUUCAAUCCCGGGUUCAGAAAGUAUUUUCAUAUUUUUUUUAAAACCUGCCACAAAUUUGAUCCAACCAGCUAUGGGGUGCAUUUCUGGAAAGCGUCGUUGCUAACUAUGUUAGCUACUUUGUUUGUUGCAAUGCAAUUUCCCAUUGCCAACUACCGAAGUUGCUAAAUGCUAACAAGUAUGCUUUCCAGAAAUGCACCCCUAACUGAGUUAGAUGAUCGUAAUGAGUACUCAAGACGGGUAAAUCAGUUUACUCAGUGAAGUCAACGCAAGUGAACGCAAUUUCGUUGUCAAAACUCAUUUUGGUCAAUGACAAAUAAAAGCACUUGAAGUCACAUGUGUUAAAAGGAUAUUUUGGCAGGUUUUUUUGUUGUUGAACUUUACGACCAGCUUUUCGGCACCUCUAUGGGAAAGUUACCGUCCUGCCAUGUAUUUCUUAUUAUUGCGUGCACUCUUAACACAGCUGGUUUGGUUGUUUUCAUAAGGGGAUCUACCUAGGGUAGUUCAGUGAAUUGGCUAGAACAAAAAAAUGGGCUGGAUCUUUUAUUUAUUUACUUAUUUUUUUUACUUUCUCAACCCGGGAAGAUGUCCGCCUUUGGUAAUGAAUCCCCAACCCCACCCCACCCCACACCCACUUCACCCAACCACAGUCCCAAACUGGGAACCCCAUUACUCCUCACCUCUUACUGUAUCCUCACCAUGCCGGAAGUGACCAGGAAGUGAAUGCUGAAGAAGCAAGGACAGCCAAUCAAAGUCAAGACGUAGAGGGAAAAAAUGCGAUGAAAAAAAAGAAACACACAAAUGGAAAAAAAUGUGUAAAAUCUGACAAUCACUCUUCUCCUGUUGCUAAUUUUAUG